UUGGCUGAAGCCGCAGCCGUGUCCCGAAGGCCCAUCCGCCAUGUUCUAUGGGACUCACUUCAUCAUGUCUCCGCCCACCAAGAGCAGGCUGAAGCGGCAGAGCCACUUGCUGUCCAGCAUGCUGUCCCGGACGCUGAGCCACAAGUACCGAGACCUAGAGCCGCCCUUCUCCGGCCUGGGCGCUGGCGACGACCCCGCCGAGCUGUCCACUCAGCUCUCGGCCCCCGGCGUCCUGAAGGUGUUUGGGGACAGUGUCUGCACUGGCACCCACUACAAGAGUGUGCUGGCCACGGGCACCUCCAGCGCCCAGGAGCUGGUGAAAGAGGCCCUGGAGCGUUACGCCCUGGACCCCGCCAGUGCUGGCCAGUACGUGCUGUGCGAUGUGGUGGGCCGUGCCGGGGACCCCGGGCAGCGAUGGCAAGCCCAGUGCCUCCGGGUGUUUGGGGAUAAUGAGAAGCCGCUCUUGAUCCAGGAACUGUGGAAACCUCGAGAAGGUUUGUCCCGGAGGUUUGAGCUGAGGAAGAGGUCAGAUGUGGAAGCGCUGGCAGCCAAGGAGGUGGAUACCAUCACAGCAGGGAUAAAUGCGCAGGCCCGGAGGCUGCAGCGGAUCCGUGCGAAAGGAACCCCAGCCCUGACCCCCGUGGCUCCCCGGAGCUCCCCCCAGCCCCGACUGCGCCGCACAGUCAGUGAGACCAGCCUGAGCCCAGCCGCCACCCUGCCUGACGUGUCCCGGGGCACUGAGGAGCCCGACCAGGACGCCAUGCGCUGCUCCCUCUUCCAGAGCCCGCACCUGCUCCUCCUGCAGGGCUACAGCCAGCAGCACGACAGCCUGGUGUAUGUGCUGAGCCGCGAGCGGCACACAGUGGGCCAGCGGACGCCCUCCAGCAAGCCCAGCAUCAGCCUCUCAGCGCCCGACAUCCUGCCCCUGCACUGCACCAUCCGCCGGCACCUGCCCCCAGGCGGGGCAGCCCCCCAGCUGCUGCUGGAGCCCAUUCCUGGGGCGCCCGUCUCCGUCAACUUCUCCGAGGUGGGGCGGCGGACGGUGGUCCUGCAGCACGGAGACCUGCUUUCCCUGGGCCUCUACUACCUGCUGCUGUUUAAGGACCCCGCGCAGGCCCAGCCGCUGCCCACUCGGGCCCUGGCGCGCCUGCGGGCCGUGCCACAGAGCUGCCGGGUGUGCGGUGCCACGCUGCAGGCCCCGGGCACCACCUCCUCGCCGCCUGAUGCACUGCCACGCCGACAGCGGCUGCACCUGGAGUUUGAGCGCGAGGAGGAGGGCCCCCUGCUGCAAAGGAUCCUGACGCUCGUCGAGCCCGGGGGUGACGACCACAAGCUGACCCCCGCCUUCCUCCUCUGCCUCUGCAUCCAGCACUCAGCCACGCGCUUGGAACCUGGCACGUUCGGGCAGCUCCUGCUGAGAAUCGCCAGAGCAAUCCGUGCAACAGUCUGGGAGAAAACCAAAGAGCUGGCAGAGAAGCAGGCGCAACUCCAGGAACCCGUGUCCUGGGCCAGCUUCCCCAUGGCUGACCUGGCUCCAGACCUGCAGCACAUUCUCUUCUGGAUGUCCAACUCCAUUGAGCUCCUGUACUUUACCCAGCAGAACUGUCCACUCUACAUGCAGAGCAUGGAGGACGAGCUGGAUGUCACAGGUUCGAAGGAGUCGCUGUUCUCCUGCACGCUGACGGCCAGCGAGGAGGCCAUGGCGGUACUGGAGGAAGUGGUGCUGUACUCCUUCCAGCAGUGUGUGUACUACCUCUCCAAGUGCCUGUACGUCUGCCUGCCGGCCCUCUUGGAGUGUCCCCCAUUCCAGACGGAGCCCCGAGACAGCCACGGCCCAGCCCCGGUGCUGCCCGAGGAGCUGCGCCGCGUUGUGGCCGUGUACCAGGCCGCCCUGGACCUCCUGCGGCAGCUGCAGGUGCACCCUGAGGUCGCCUCCCAGAUGCUCGCCUACCUCUUCUUCUUCUCGGGGGCACUGCUGCUCAACCAGAUCCUGGAGCGGGGCCCAGCUCUGAGCUGCUUCCAUUGGCCCCGCGGAGUCCAGGCCUGCGCACGCCUGCAGCAGCUCCUCGAGUGGACGAGGAGCGCUGGCCUCGGGGCAGCGGGGGAGCGCUUCUUCCAGAAGCUGUCCUGUACCCUCCACCUGCUGGCCACGCCCAGCGCCCAGCUCAUCCAGAUGAACUGGACCACCCUGCGGGCUGCCUUCCCCGCCCUGAGCCCGGCACAGCUGCACCGGCUGCUGACACAGUACCAGCUGGCCUCCGCCAUGGGCCCCCUGAGUGCCUGGGAACCUGGUGCCCAGGACAGCCCCGAAGCCUUCCAGCCAGAGGACGUCCUGGAGUCCUACGAGCACCCCCCGCCCAUUGUGCUGCCCAGCGAGGGCUUCCAGGUGGACCUGGAGGCCGAGUGUGUGGACGAUGGCAUCUACCAGCACCUGCUCUACAUCCGCCACUUCCUGUGGAACCUGCGCAGCCAGGCCAGCCCCAGCAGUGGGGCUGCGCGGCCAGUGCACCCCGAGGGAGUGUCCCAUGCCAUUCCUGAGGGCCAGGGAGCCCAGGAAGCUGUCCCCACGAGCGCCCUCUCUGCGGGGGCUGCCAAGGCCCAGGGCGCCCUGAGCAGGCAGCCUAGCCGUCCAGGCCGUGGGGGUUCCCAGACCGGGACCCUGCAGGUGGACUCCUCGUGCCUGCUCACGCCUCCCACCACCCCGCUGGGUCUGGACCCCAGAGGCUCCGAGUGGCCAGAGCCCGGCCUUCCCUGUGGCCAAGCACUGCCAGGACAGAGGAACGGACCGGGCAGCCCCCGGGGAACAGCUCCAGAAGGAGACUCCGUGGUCCCUGGGGACGAGGUCCCUGCUGCCUCCAGUGGCAGUUCUAGCGCAGACGACUUCUUCACGGUUGAGCUGGAGCGAGGCCCCUUGGGGCUGGGCAUGGGCCUGAUCGACGGCCUGCACACGCCCCUGGCUGCCCCAGGGCUCUACAUCCAGACGCUGCUCCCUGGCAGCGCCGCGGCGGCCGACGGGCGCCUGUCGCUGGGGGACCGCAUCCUCGAGGUGGACGGCAGCAGCCUGCUGGGCGUCAGCUACCUCAGAGCUGUGGACUUGAUCCGCCGUGGCGGAAAGAAGAUGAGGUUUCUGGUUGCCAAGUCCGAUGCAGAGACCGCCAGGAAAAUCCGCUUCCGCACACCCCCUCCCUAGGCGGGGAUGGACGGCACUCGGCGCUCGGCCAGCGCCCCCGCGGACAGCACGCCUGUGCACCGUGUUUCUGUGCAGACAGCGCGGGGGGCGACACUGCUGCACAGAUGAUGUAAAGACUUUAUUGCAAAAGUUAGGGAAAUAAACCGUGUUUCCCACCCUU